UUGCGCGCGCAAUCGCGUGCACCCACGCGGUAUCAGUGGCAGAAACCUCCCAACCAAUCACUUUUCGGCGUCUCACAAACCUGGUUUCUAACACAUGAACACCACCCCAGCAGACGCCAAUGUACAGACAAUGCCGUGGAUACUUAUCUCAAGAUGCUAAUUUCCAAUAUCCUCAUUUUGGCAUACUUAUUUAAGGCUGCAGGCACUAAUGAGAGCUUUAAUGGAAAUGGUGAGCACGGAAUCAAUGUUAGUUUUUCCUUGGAUGAAGAGUUGCCCGUCGGCACAUUGAUAGGAAGCCUUGCUGAGAAACUAAGUCCUAGAACCUCUAUAGCGUCUGGAAUGCAGUUUACACUUCUCGGUCAGGAACGCUACAUACGCCUGAAUCAGUCAUCUGGGCAACUGUUUGUACGAAGCCGAAUAGAUCGCGAGGCUCUCUGCGAACAGGUGGGGACAUGUUGUACUUCUUCGCCUGAACCAUCAAGCGCAUUUACUCACACAUUUGACACCAACGAUCCAAGCUCCUUGUGUACACUUCGACUUCUCGUCAUAGACCAAAGAGACCUCAAUCCUUCCAGUCAACCUCAACUUGUACAUAUAACUUUUAACAUCAUUGACGUAAAUGAUAAUCCACCCAAGUGGUCACCAGAUAGUUUAGAAAUUGAAAUUCCUGAGCAUAGCCCAAUCGGGACGGCUGUUCAACUGCCCGAAGCGACGGAUCCGGACCAAUUUGUAGAAGGUUCUCCGAUUAGAUAUGAGCUGCUCCCUCAGGUUGAAGGUAGUAAUGAUUUUUCAAACUACGAUUCUCGCAGUAUCACUGAUUUGUUCAUUCUUUCCAUCACGCCCGUCGCUCAAGCCUAUGAAGAAAUGCAAGGAGUGAGUCUUCAGUUAAAAGUUAACUGUGAUCUGGACCGAGAACGUCGAGACUCAUACCGCUUACUACUAAUUGCUAUCGAUGGAAGCAGUAAGGGUAUAGCAUUUGGGGACAGAACCGGCACGCUAAACAUAGUCAUUAAAGUCACCGAUAUAAACGAUCAGGCACCGUUCUUUCCUGAUACCCACCCUUUAAUUGAGGUGUCAGAAGAUGUUGCGCCUGGGACCCAAAUAUUUAUGAUGACAGCGAAAGACAAUGAUCCUUCAGACAUCAGUCGGUUAACCUACGGAUUUGGUUCGACAGCAAGUGGGGAAGUGCUGCGAUUGUUUUCUAUUUGCAAAAAAACAGGUGCUAUCACUGUAAUUCAAGAUUUGGACUAUGAGGUGGCCCCCUUACUACCCGAAGCACGAUCACCUACUUCCACAUACGCUGUGCAGUCUGGCAAAGGAAAGGAGAUAGGAUAUGUCAUUCCAGUUAAAGUGACAGAUGGCGUGCACUUUGCGCAGGCCGAUCUUCGUAUUCAGUUGAAGAAUGUAAAUGAUAAUCUUCCCAACAUCACAGUCCAUUCGCAUUUACCUCGAUGGUGCAACACGAAUGACCUACUUUUGCCUGAAGAUGCUGCAGUUGGAACAAUGAUUGCGACAAUCAUAAUAGAAGAUGCUGACGAACGAUGGGUGGAAAGCAAAGGUGGCUCAGGUUUUGGUGAUGCUCAAUGUGUUACAGCCCACCCGUUCUUCGUGGUUCAGCCACUUUUUCCCGGUGCGCGCUACCAGUACAUGCUUGUCACCUCGCGGCGUCUGGACAGGGAAGCCAAAAAUACACACACUGUGACUAUAGCUUGUCACGAUUCAGGCCAGCCAGUGCUCUCAAGAGGUGUGCAUAUUAUCAUUCAUCUAGAAGAUUUAAACGACUCCCCACCAGUUUUCAUUCAAUCUCUUUACCAUUCAAAAAUUUCCGAAAAUCUGCCAGUCAAUACGCUAAUAGAUAAGGUCCAGGCAAAUGACGCGGACAUUGGUAUAAAUGGAGCGGUUCGUUACUUGAUCAAGACUAAAAGUGGUCCGCGAGAGUGGGUUAGACUAGAUCCUGUGUCGGGGCAAAUGUACACGGCUGCAAUAUUUGACAGAGAAAAGAUGGAAUCUAUCAAUUUUACAGUGAUAGCCGUGGAUUGUGCGGGAGGUGCGUCAAAUACAAAUGACAGUGGAAAAGCAUGCAACUCUAUUCACUCCGCCUCUGCCACUGUCAUAAUUUCGAUUGAAGACGUUAACGAUUGCGCCCCAGAAUUCGAUCAAAGCACUUAUGAAUUUGUAGUGAAGGAGGGACAACGACCACAACAAUCAAUCGGGUGCGUGCAUGCCAAUGAUAAUGAUGCGGGCGCAAAGAACUCCCGCGUUCAGUACAGCAUAAUUGAAUCCGAUCAUCCUCAGUCUUUGCACUCCGUCAGCGAUAUCACCGGCGAAUAUCGUCCUGGAAGCCUAUUUGCAAUUACUUCAAAUGGAGAAAUUUAUACUCGCAAUUUACCCAUAGAUCGAGAGAAGACACCCAUUUUGAGUUUUACUGUGGUUGCUGCUGACUACGGACAUCCUUCACUCUCGGCAUUUGCAAAUGUAAUAGUCCGCGUUCAAGAUGUCAAUGACCAUGCCCCAGUGUGGAUUUUUCCCCAAUCUUCCAGUAGUAUCGUCGUACGAGUCAAUAUGUCUUGCCAUGCGACUGUCGGGAAGGAAAUAGCUCACCUUAAAGCCAUUGAUUUAGAUAGUGGAGUGAAUGGAGAAAUAGAAUACUCGAUUAUUAAGGGCAACGAGAAGGAAUAUUUUGCAUUGGAUAAAGCAUCUGGUACCCUCUACCUUGCAAAACCACUCGUCAAUGGACCAAAACAAAUAAUGAUCGAUUCGAAUUUGUCCAAAUCGCACUCUCUGGCUACAAUCGAAGAUUUCACACCUCAUUCAUUUGUUUUAGCCCUUAAGGCCUCAGACAAAGGCAAAAAACCUCGAAGUAACACGACCAUACUUAAAAUUGAUGUUAUCCACAAUGAGAAUGCUGAAAGGUCCCUUUCACAGUUCACUCACUUCAAAGAACUCGGCAGACAUAUGGGCAAUAAUCCAUCUAAACUCGGAGUUGGUGUCAUCGGAGACCGAGAUCUGUUGAUAAUUACAGCCAUGAUAGUGGUGGCUUUAAUUAUUUCGUUUGUACUUAUUGCAGCAAUCGUAUUUUUACGCUGCCGGCAACCCACCAGGCGUCGACGGAGCAUCCUAAUCUAUAGAAAUAAUGGUGAAGGAGGAUUGAUGAAGAGAUUAGAAUUCCUAAAUUGUUUGAAUGGGGCGGAAGUAGCUACGGAGAACAAAAGCCGACAAACAGCCGCCUUUAUACUCACUGACACGGAAAGAAACCCUAAUUUUGAGGAACACUUACCGAGUCAUCACUACAGUUCAAGCAAUGAAACGCCAGUGCAUGGGACGUCUCAUCCGGUGCAUCGUGACGGCAACAUUUAUGGCAAUUUUCAUCCAACUGUCCUUCUCACAUCUUCUAAUGCUUCAAAUAGCAGAAAAUUGCCCAUUAUCACGACAUCGAGUGAAGGUGCACCAAUCGGCUACAUGAUCAAGUCUAAUCCUACCAACGCUGAUACCAAAUUCGUUGCUAUUGAGGCAAUGGUCCAAAAGCAACAAAUGAGUAGUGACGACGCUUCAUCCAGCUCGACCGAUAAUGCUAAGUCCACCUACAAUAGUCUUUUAUACCGACUGCCUGACGGAGGCUGCGCAACGGUAGAAAAGAACUACAUGACAAUUAAUCCUGAGCUCUUCCAACACAGCAUCUAUCGAAAGCUCCGUGCUCAUGAAGAAUGGAACGAAUCUUUCAUCCCAGUGAACAAUCCUCAGGAGGAUAAUAACGACGCAAAGAAAAAUGGUGUCGUUGUGACCCACAAGUCUUUACCGGUAUUGGAGGGAGAGGUCGAACGCAAACAGACUGUGAGUUCCAAGGGGAGUGAAGCGAAAUCUAGGAAGCACUGCAGAUUUGUUAUGGUAGGGAAUGCAACGGAGCUCAGUUUACUCUCCCAAUCAAAUGACACACAAAAGCCGUCUGGUAAGUGA